GCGCAGCGCAAUCCCGCACGCCCCAAACCAACCCUCCGCCCCGCACCCGUCGGCGCAGCGCAAACCGGAAAUCCCCCGGCCGCCGGUCCAGCGCUAGCCGGCUAGCGCAUGCGAGGAGCUCCGGGGGCCCAGAUCUAGGGCGGGGGGACGCGUCUGUGCCGAGGGCCCCACCCCAUGGGCCGGGGGUCGCCGUGGCGGGCGGCGGCGGCGCUGCUGCUGCUCCUCCUCCUCGUCGCCGCGGGGCGCUCCUCCGCCGCCCCGGCGCGUCCAGGGGCGUGCCCGGUGCCUGCUGCGGCGGAGGCCGUGCUCGGGCCUCCCCGCACGUGCUCGCCGCUGGAUCGCCGCCUCGGCGACCCGGUCGGCGUCAUCGAGGGAGAUGAGGCUACAUUGGCGAGGGCAGUCAAUCUUCUUUACUUGAACAAAGAUGAGUACAUUGCUGUACUUUUCUACGCCUCAUGGUGCCCAUUUUCACAAGAGUGCAAACCUAAUUUCGAGAAGCUGGCUCACUUAUUCCCAACUAUUCGCCAUUUUGCAUUUGAGGAAUCUGCAAUUAGGCCAAGCAUAAUAUCAAGAUAUGGGAUUCAUGGUUUUCCAACACUAUUUCUCUUGAAUUCAACAAUGCGAGUGAGGUACCAUGGACCUCGAACUGUUAAGCCACUAGCUGCUUUCUACAGUGAUGUUUCAGGCAUCAAUGCAUCAAUGGAGUCAACCACUGGGGAGGCCGUGCCACACCCGUUAGAUGAAAUUGAGCCUAAAAAAAAUGUUGAACCGGAAAAUUGUCCAUUCUGGUGGGCGCGUUCACCAGAAAAUAUACUCCAGCAGGAUACGUAUCUAGCAUUGGCAGCUUCUUUUGUAAUCCUGCGGUUGCUGUAUCUUCUAUUCCCAAGGAUAGUUUCUGCAGCAAAAUGGGCAUGGAGGAGGCAUACUCUGUUUGCGAACUUGAUGGGCGUGCAUGAAUAUUUCUUCAGCUACCUUGAGCAAGCAAGACAGAUAUUCAAUAGGUUAUAUCCGUCAAAGCGAGGGAAUUUACAUGAGGGGGCAAGGAAUGCCACUGCCUGGGCCUCCAAAUCAUUAGCAUCUGUGUCAAUCGGAGAACCAAGCACUAUUGGAAGGACGAACUCCACGAAUGAACUAAGGUGAGGUGUAAACUUUUUUGUCCGCAGGGAUAUUAUGUACAGUAGAGUGAUCAGGAUAUGAGCACCAAGAAUCUGUUGUAACCAGCUUUGUUAGCUAUUGUAACAUCAUCAUUAGAAAUAAGCACCUCCCCUGAUAUUGUUGCCAUUAUAACCUUGUCUUGAAUAGCUGUUGCCCAAACAUAUUCUUGGAGGAAGAAGAUUUGACGUGUUGUUCCACGAUA